GCUAGCAGCCUGCGCGCUGGAGCCUGUGCGAGCACCGUCGGCAGUAAAGUUCCCAAAUAAUAGCUGUUUGUAUUUUGGCUGCAGCAGUGGCCAUUUUAGGUGUCCGAGGAUGAGAGUCCAGUUAAUGAUGUCUUGUGGCCCGACCUCUCCGUACUACUGAUUAGACUAAGCUGGCUGUUUGAAAACUACAUCAUGAAAAUACAGAAAAAAGAAAAACUGCCUUCCACUUCAAAGGCAUCCAAGCAUCCGCUGACAUCAGAUGCCCCGCAUGUUGAUGGACACACAGCACAGCUCUCGCACACAAGCUCCAAGGACCAACCAACCUUACUCAAUGCAGCAAAAGCUCCAGAACCAGCUGGACCCUUGAUUGAGACCAGCAGCAAGAGUGAUGCUCAAGGUGCGCUGGAAGAUGUGAACGUGGACCAAACACUAACCCUUUCCAAGGCCGAGGAUGGAGGCACAAGGGUUAAGAAAAAAAGGAAGAAAAAAGAGCCAAAGGAAGAGGCAGGUAGUGAAACAGCAACCGGCGACAGUGCACCCAAACCAAAGAAGAAGAGAAAGGAGCCCAAAGGAGACAAGGAACCUAAAGAGAGCAAAGUGGCUAAGGAGCCAAAAGGUUCUAAAGGACCCAAGGGCAUCAGAGAACCGAAGGAACCUAAAGGGGCCAAAGGGGCCAAAGAACCGAAGGAGCUUAAGGGUGCAAAGGAACCCAAGCAACCUAAAGAGCCAAAAUGCAAAUCCAACACUACCCCCAAAACUAAGAGCAGCAAGAAAGCCAGCAAAGAGCAAGGCCCAACGCCAACUGAAAAGAAGAAGAAAGGUAAAAGGAAAAGUGUUGUUCCAGGGGAUAAUUCCGAACAAGAACAGUCUACAGCAAAAGCUUCACAGGGCACAGAAGAACUAACAGAUGCACAGAAGCGACGAUCAGGCCGUCAAGUAAAACGAAGGAAAUACAAUGAAGACUUGGACUUCAAAGUUGUCGAUGAUGCCGGUGAAACAAUUGCUGUACUGGGAGCAGGGCGGAUUUCUCCGAACUCUGGGUCCUCACAGAAAGGAAACCAGACGAUGGAGAAUCAAGAGGAGGAUGAAUCUGCUGUCAUUGAGAAGAUACUGGCCAUGCGCACUGUGCAGAAGGAGACUCCUGGUGGGAAGCCGCAGGAAGUUGAAGAAUUCUAUGUCAAAUACAGAAAUUACUCUUACCUGCACUGCAAAUGGGCCACGGUGGAGGAGCUGGAGAAAGACAAAAGGAUUCACCAGAAAAUCAAACGUUUCAGGACCAAACGGGCCCAGAUGAAAAAUCUUUUUGUUGAGCCGGAUGAGGAACCCUUUAAUCCAGACUAUGUUGAAGUAGACAGGAUCCUGGAUGUGGCACAUACAAUAGAUGCUGAAACUUCAGAGCCUGUGACUCAUUACCUGGUGAAAUGGUGUUCUCUACCCUACGAAGAAAGCACUUGGGAGCUAGUGGAAGACAUUGACCCAGUCAAGAUUCAGGAGUAUGAGGACUUGCAAAUCAUUCCCGAAGUCUCAAACUUGGAACGCCCUCCUGCUGAAACUUGGAAAAAACUGGAGCUGUCACGACCAUACAAGGCAGACAAUAAACUCAGGGAGUACCAGCUGGAAGGAAUGAACUGGCUGCUCUUCAACUGGUACAACAGGAAAAAUUGCAUUCUGGCGGAUGAAAUGGGUCUGGGGAAGACGAUUCAAUCAAUUACAUUUCUGUAUGAAAUAUACCUGUUGGGAAUCCGGGGACCUUUCCUCAUUAUUGCACCUCUCUCCACGAUAGCCAACUGGGAGCGAGAGUUUCGAACGUGGACAGAGGUGAACGUAAUUGUGUAUCACGGCAGUCAGAUCAGUCGCCAGAUGAUUCACCAGUACGAAAUGCACUACAAGGAUGCUGAGGGAGCUCCAGUUCAGGGACUUUUCAAGUUCAAUGUAAUCAUCACUACAUUUGAAAUGAUUCUGGCUGACUGUCCUGAAUUGCGAAAAAUCCAGUGGAGUUGUGUGAUUAUCGAUGAAGCCCACAGACUGAAGAACAGGAACUGUAAACUGCUUGAGGGUCUCAAACUCAUGGCACUGGACCACAAAGUACUUUUGACUGGAACCCCUUUGCAAAACACAGUGGAAGAACUCUUCAGUUUGUUGAAUUUUCUCGAACCAGGUCACUUUCCUUCUGAGGCUACCUUCCUGGAGGAGUUUGGAAACCUGAAGACUGAUGAGCAGGUGAAGAAACUGCAGGCAGUGCUGAAACCCAUGAUGCUUCGAAGACUGAAGGAUGAUGUGGAAAAAAACCUGGCUCCAAAGGAGGAGACCAUCAUUGAGGUGGAACUAACCAACAUUCAGAAAAAGUACUACAGAGCCAUCCUUGAGAGAAACUUCUCCUUCUUAGCAAAAGGAGCUAACCAGGCCAACAUGCCAAACCUGCUGAAUACCAUGAUGGAACUGAGAAAGUGUUGUAACCAUCCCUACCUGAUCAAUGGUGCCGAAGAGAAAAUCUUGGAUGAGUUCCGUGAAGUGCACAAUCCCGAUGCUCCUGAUUUUCAGCUGCAGGCCAUGAUUCAAGCAGCGGGUAAAUUGGUGCUGAUCGACAAACUGUUGCCCAAACUGAUUGCUGGUGGGCACAAGGUGCUGAUCUUCUCUCAGAUGGUGCGCUGCCUGGAUAUAUUAGAAGAUUACCUCAUUCACAGACGGUACACCUAUGAACGCAUUGAUGGCAGAGUAAGGGGGAACCUGAGGCAGGCUGCAAUCGACCGCUUUUCCAAACCAGACUCCGACCGAUUUGUGUUUCUGCUGUGCACCAGAGCCGGAGGCCUUGGUAUCAAUCUUACUGCAGCAGACACUUGUAUCAUCUUUGAUUCGGAUUGGAACCCACAGAAUGACCUGCAGGCUCAGGCCCGAUGUCACCGGAUAGGACAGAAUAAAGCAGUUCAGGUGUAUCGACUAAUAACUCGCAACUCGUAUGAGCGAGAGAUGUUCGACAAAGCCAGUCUCAAGCUGGGUCUCGACAGAGCAGUGCUGCAAGCGAUGAACCGCAAGGGAAACACGAAUGGGGUGCAGCCAUUGUCUAAGAUCGAAGUGGAAGAUUUGCUUCGUAAAGGAGCAUAUGGAGCCCUGAUGGAUGAGGAAGAUGAAGGAUCAAAGUUUUGUGAAGAGGACAUUGAUCAGAUAUUACUUCGUCGAACUCGCACUAUCACCAUUGAAUCAGAAGGGAAGGGGUCUACAUUUGCAAAGGCUAGUUUUGUGGCAUCAGGGAACAGAACCGACAUCUCUUUAGAUGACCCCAACUUCUGGCAAAAAUGGGCCAAAAUUGCAGAGCUGGAUAUUGAGUCAAAGAAUGGAAAAGACAGUUUGGUGAUCGACACACCACGUGUCAGGAAACAAACAAAACACUAUAAUUCGUUUGAGGAUGACGAGUUGAUGGAGUUCUCUGAGCUUGACAGUGAUAGUGAAGAUAAGCCUUCAAGAUCUCGCCGUCUUCAUGACAAGACCCGCCGAUAUCUCAGAGCAGAAUGCUUUCGAGUGGAAAAGAACCUGCUGAUAUUUGGGUGGGGACGAUGGAAGGACAUUCUUUCACAUGGACGAUUCAAAUGGCACCUGACAGAGAAGGACAUGGAGAUUAUUUGUCGAACUCUCCUGGUUUAUUGCCUGAAACACUACAAAGGCGAUGAGAAAAUUAAAAGCUUCAUCUGGGAUCUUAUUACUCCCACAAAAGAUGGACAAAAUCAAGCAUUGCAUAAUCAUUCGGGAUUAUCAGCACCUGUACCCAGGGGGCGGAAAGGCAAGAAGAUAAAAACACCACUCUCUCAACCAGAGCUGAAGAACGCUGAUUGGGUGGCCAGCUGUAACCCUGAUGUGCUCUUCCAUGACGAUGGCUAUAAGAAACACCUUAAACAACAUUGCAACAAGGUCUUACUGCGUGUACGAAUGCUGUAUUACCUUAAACAGGAAGUGCUAGGAGAAGCUGCUGACAAAGCUUUGGAUGGUAUUGAUGCAAGUAAGCUGGAUGUCUGGAUUCCUGAUGUGGACUACAAUGAUAUGCCAGUCGACUGGUGGGGUGGAGACUCUGAUAAGUCCCUGCUCAUUGGAGUUUACAAGCAUGGUUAUGAACGCUACAACGCUAUGAGAGCUGACCCAGCACUCUGCUUCCUCGAAAGGGUUGGCAUGCCUGAUGAAACCUCAUUAGCAGCUGAGCAAGGAGGUGCCGACCUGUCAUCAGACAUAACUGAAGGGGUUGACUUGUGUAAGGGUGAUGACUCAGAGUUGAAGUCAGAUGGACAAUUCAAGGACCUGCCAGAUGAAGAUGUAAACUCCUGCAAUGAGUCGGGGAUUAUGGAGAAAGGUGAAGACUCUCAUCUAGCCCAGGAUGGUAUGGACAUUGACCGCCCACAAUGGCCAGUUGCUUCAGUGCUCACCGCUCGGCUCCGACGUCUCAUAACAGCUUACCAGCGCUGCAAUCGCAAAGAGAUGGUGAGGAUGGAAUCUUUAGCUCGCAAUAACCGGCGUCGUUGGUAUCCACAGGACGAGAUCUGGGGAAGAGUACCAGAAAUGGACAUUGUUACCAUGGAUAUCCAACAACGCUGGACAAGGAGGGAGCAGACAGAUUUCUAUCGUGUGGUUUCGACAUUUGGCGUGGUGUAUGAUCCUGACCGGAAACAGUUUAACUGGAACCAGUUUCGCAGCUUUGCCAGGUUAGAAAGGAAAACAGAUGGGAGCCUGGAAAGGUAUUUUCGAAGCUUUAUGGCUAUGUGCCGGAGCGUGUGCCGUUUGCCUCUGAAGAAAGAAGAGCCUUCAGACCCCAGCAUUUUUGUUGAGCCCAUCACAGAAGAACGUGCUUCAAGGACUCUAUACCGGAUUGAGCUGUUGCGGAAAGUUCGGGAGCAGGUACUCCGGAGCCCACAACUGAAUGAACGGCUGAAACUGUGCCGCCCUAGUCUGUACUUGCCAGUGUGGUGGGAAUGUGGCAAACAUGACCGCGAUCUGCUGAUUGGUGCUGCCAAACAUGGCCUCAGUCGGACAGACUACUAUAUCCUUAAUGACCCUCAACUUUCUUUCCGUGAGGCCCACAGGAACUAUGUGCAGAAUGGAAGCAGUUACUUCCAGAAUGUCCCAGCACCUUACAGCCAAUCCUCACUCAACCUCAGCCAGUCUGCAUCCCCUGCAUCCACUGUACUGACUCUAGGAGAGAAAGACAAUAUUGAGCAGAUGGAUAUGGAGCAAGAGAAGAUGGAAGAGGCUUUAGAAGAGCCGAGCCCAGAAGCAGGAGCACUCGCUGUUUGCUUAGAAGUGAAGAAUGAAGAGGAUGCUACUGAUUCCACAAGGAGGCGUGAUGCUACCCAAGCUAAAGCAAGGCCACCUGACCCAGUGGCUGCAAGGAAUGAAUGGGGAGCUACCAGUUGCAUUCAGGCUGGAUUUUUUAGUAUGCCAGAUUCACACAUGGAGUCUAAAGGAACAAGAGAGUUUGGUGGAAACUGCAGUGACAACAAUGGGGGAGAGAGUUUGCAAAAUCCUAUCCUUAAGUGCAGCUCUCCAAUGGAAAACUUGCAGGCUGUGUGUGGUGAUGCCAACCAAACUAGAAUAAACUGUCUGAACUUUUUGCAGGUGAAAUCCAAUGGUGUAUUGGAAUUGCAAACUGUAUCUGAGAAGAUGGCAGACAGUGUAGUAGCACCUGUGUGUAGUGUGGCUGGAACAGAACCUGUGAAAGACACAGUACUUGGUGUGAUUGCAAAACAUGACCUUAAACAGUGCGAGAUGCUUAAAGCUGAAAAUGGAUGUUCAGAAGAUAAGCAGUCAACAGAGAUAAUUGAUCGUGAGAAUGUAAUGAUUGAACAUACCUAUGACAUGCAGGCUAAGUAUCUGGCCAUGGGUCAUCUGCAGACUGCUGCAAAUGGCCUAGACAAACCACAAGUUGAAAUCAACCAACUGUCUGACCCAAACUCCCCACCUGCAACGCCCAAACAUUCGGAUGUCUCUGAUGAUUUGAAGCUGAUGGAAGCUGUGCCAGGCUGUGAACAGCAGGCUGUAGCUGUGAAUGAGAACAGCUCAACAACGGAAGCUGGAAAUAUGACCAAUGUACAUCCUGAAUCAGAUCAUGUACCAUUUGAGGCAGUUGGUGUGAAAUGUCUGCCCAGUGGUCUUCAGUCCUUCAGAGCAGCCCAUUCCAUUGUGAAGGUAGUGGAUGGUGCACCAGGGUCACCAUCAGAGCAAGUAGAUGUGGCCCCCAUAAAGCAGGAGGUGACCUUCAGACAUCUCCUGGAGGACUGCAUCAAGGAACAUGACAGUCCAUGUGAAACGGAAGAGAAAUCUGAGGAAGAUAGCUCUCAACCUGAAGGUGCUAUUGCACUGAAGAAUUUUGAUGAGGAAAGCAAUACGUCUACCAGCCUUGGUCAAGAUGAAAUCCAGGACAACCUCCUUCAGGAUAUCAGAGAGCCAACUAUCGCUCAGCUGCUUCAAGAGAAAACACUCUAUUCAUCUGCAGAGUGGCCAAAGGAUCGAGUCAUCAUAAACCGCAUUGACAAUAUCUGUCAUGCCGUGUUAAAAGGGAAAUGGCCAUCAGCACAGCAGCAGAGCCUUGAACCUCAGGGUGGGAUGUAUUCCAUGGCUACUCCGACAGAAACUCUGAGCAUGAGAAGCUGCCUGAGUGUUCCAGUGCAGGCCGCACACACCCUCAGCAUUGCUGAUGGCUCCUUAUCUGCCCAACACCUUACAAAGGAGAGUUUACUCACAUUAACAUUCCCAAGGGAUCAGAGAAAGAGACGGCGAAAAUACGAGUUUGAGACAGACCGAGGAGCAAAGCGGAAGAACGUGGAAGAGGUUUCUCCAUCUCUUACUCGCCCUCCUGUAAUUUUAAACGGGUGGCAAGAGACUGCUAUGGACCUCUCGAAGGCUUCUGAGGAGGCAUCCGGUUCAGUGCCAGUCGUCAUCAGUGCAAGCACACCAAAGCUGGGAUCACUAGAGCCUUCGAGUGCUUUCAGGGCAGACAUGGCUGGGGUCCUGCAGGCAGGCCUCGUCCACCCAGUCACUGGGCAGGUGAUGAAUGGCGCCUUUAGAGGUGAUGACACGUCGAGGAGGAGGCGAGGACGAAGAAAGAACGUUGAAGGAAUUGACAUCCUCUUUAUGAAGGAAAAAAAGCCAGACAACUUGGAGGUGGACCUAUCGAAGCAGCUUUUCUCCGGGGUGGCUCGCUCUGCCGACAGCAUGUCCAACAUGAUGAUUAAACUCCCCCAAGGCAAGCAGCGACUGCCAACUGAGGAAGAGCAGAAAAACAAGAGUCUGAUCGAGUGGCUGAGGCAACAUCCCACCUACACUAUGGAUGUGUCCAACCUGGCUCCUAAUUGUACAGCAAUUUUACACGGCCUUUCAGAACGUCCCAAACAGAGGAGACAUCGGUGCAAGGACCCCAGUAAACUGGACAUCAAUACACUGACCGGGGAGGAGAGAGUCCCAGUUGUUCAUAAGGGGAGUGGAAGAAAGCUAGGAGGAGCUAUGGCACCACUGAUAAAGGAGCUGCCAAGGUGGCUCGAUGCAAACCCAGAGUAUGCUGUUGCACCAGAGUGGGCAGAAAUUGUGAAGCAUUCGGGCUUUCUGCCAGAGAGUAAGUUCAGCCGCAUCCUGACUGAGCCUGUGGUGAAAGAGGCCGGUGGCAGAAAGAGGGGAAGGAGACCAAGGAGUGAAAUGGCAAAAUCCGGUGGAGUUUUGACAGAGACAGCUACGGCAAUGGGACCGAUGUUCAUGAAUGGGCUCAUUGCUGGGAUGGACCUGGUGAGCCUGCAAAACCUCAGAAAUAUUCACAAUCUUCAGCUGGCUGGGCUGAUGGGAUUCCCAGCUGGCUUUGCUGCAAUUCCUUCUGGAGAGGAUGGAAAGAGCAGUCUGAACAUGUUGCCUAUGAUGCUCCCUGGCGUGACGGGGAUGUCACACGUGUUUGGAGUUGGGGGGUUGUUGAACAGCCCCCCAGUGGUGACAAGUGCCAGCAGUUCGAGUUCAUCUACCUUGACAACGAGCACUUCGUCAAAAGAGGAUGUGGGCGGUGAACAGAAGGGUAAUACUGCAGAGUCCAUGAAACACCAGGAAGGAUCUUCGACAGGAGAUAAACCUGGUCCAAGUUCAUCUUUCUCUGACUCUGGUGAAGCCAGAGUCACCACCAGCAAUCCGUUGUCCUUCAACCCAUUCCUGCUGCACAGCAUGCCUGCUGGACUAAUUUACCCAUCUAUGUUUCUUCCACAUGGCAUCGGUAUGGCAAUGCCUAGCUUUGCACAAGCUGGACACUCUGAAGCAGACGGCACCGAGAGCCCAAAAAAGAAAAGGAAGAAAGCCAAGGAGGAGACUACACGUGAUGGGACUGAAGCCAGCCCACAGCAAACAACUGCUGAAGAGAGCACAGGAAAAUCGACAGACUCCACUGCCGUGCAGGACAGUUCUGGGCAGGAGACUGAAAAAGACUCUGUAGAGGGUACCCAGAAUGCUGAGUAGAAUUUGUAUUUGCUUUUAGGUCAACUCUAGGUUUUCUUGAUUUCCAAAUUCAAACCAUGUUUAUGACCCUUUCCCUCCUGCCUGGUCUCUUUUGCCCCCAACCCCGUGCUGUGUGCGGCUUAGGAACAUAAAUAUUAAAUUCAUCCAUUGAUUUCAUUUUUAAUGUUAUGUUUUUAAUUGGGUAGCCACAAUCUCCAUAGCAGGAAUUAUAAUUCAGUUUCUGUUGGAGAUUAUGGUUGACUGAUCUUUGGGGGAGAGGGAGAGGUGGGGAGGCCACAAGUAUGUUGGUUCUCCAUGCACCAUCCAAAAAAUAUCAUGCAAGGGGAUUGGCAACAAUGUAUUCGAUGCCUCUUGUUCUAGUUUUGUCAGUAUUUCACCUCCUUAUUUUUGUAAAACAGAGCAGGGGAUUCUGUCAGCUUAACCCUCAUUGACUGGUUAGAUGGAGAGGGUUUAUGUGCUUAUCCUGCCUUUACACAGUACCAGUAGCCUGUUGGUGAGUUUGUUGUUAGGGGACACUGUGGCUGUGUGACACAGUUUAUUAAAUUCUAUCAGGAGAGUGUAUGUCAUACAGUAGCUGUUCCACUCUUAGUAUGUCAGAACAAAUAGAACCUAUUGGGGAUGGGGUAAUUAAAAAUGACAACAAUGCCUCUUCAGGAUUAAACCCCUUGAAUGGUUUGCAAAUUAGGCUUCUAAAAGCUGCAUAAAGCAAAGGUUUUGGAACAAUUCCAAACAUUUUUGUUAUGUCUGUGAGUUGCAAAACUACUAGCCAUGCUUAAUUCCUGAGAUUGAACAUAAUAUCACUAGCACCCUCAUUGUGCCAACAUGGUCCAAUAUCUGUUAAGAUAAUGUUUGUAACCCAGUGUCCAGAUCGUUGUGUUUUUUAAGUCACAGAAAUGUCAAAAUACUGGUCCCCUGAUUUACAAAGGUGAAUUGAUGCUGUGAAACUUGAGUUAAGAUCCCAUUGGGUUAGCUUUCACUGGUAUUAGUUGAAGAACACCAGUUAUGAAACUGAAUUGAGAUGGUUGCUGAAUAUGGCAUCUGGCUUUAUCCACUGUCAACAUCAGUAUUGGUACCAGUUCUAUCCCUGUGUCUGCUCAUCAAACCAAUCUGCCGGCCAUUCUGUGCUGGCUGACUAUACAUGCCACAGGUUUCAUCUUGCUUUUCUCUCACCCUAUUCGAAAAAAUAAUCAGUACUAAUUUUAGUCCUUCCAAAUUUUUAGGGCAGCAUUUUAGAAUUCAAAGCCUUUGCUUCUCAGAAUGUGAUGCCUAAAAAUAAGUGAAGUAUUGGGACAUUAGUUCCCCUAUAGUGAGAGGGGAGAAGAUUCUGAUUCCUACUGUAGUUUUUUUGUGUAAUCAUAAAGUUAAGUGCGCGCAGUAGGUUCGUGGAAGAUGAGCUUUUCCUGUUACAAUAUAACACUUAAGUUUUGGCGAUUCUAAUUUUGUUUUUAUGAAGGCUUGGGAGACAGAAUUAUAAUCCCCAGAAAGACUUUUUCAAUUCUUUUAGCAUUUAGUUUAGUUAAAAUUUAGUGAACUGUAUCAAUAAAUUGUUUUAUAAAAAAAACAUGUUUUAAAAGAGGGUCACUCUGGACCAACGUGCUUGUUCAUUCAUCCUGAAUUCAUAUCCUAACCCAGUUCAUUACCAGUUGGUCCAUUGUUCCAAGGUGGAUGGCAGUUUAAGUACAAUCUGUUAGCUUUGAUAGGACACUCUACCAAGUAACGUUGACAAUGGAUGCAUGCAUCACAUUAGUUAUUACUUGACAAAUUGCCCCAUCUUCACCCCACACUCAAUGUUUGCUAAAAAGAUGCCAGAUUGCAGAGUAAUUGCGGCAGAUCAACAGGUAAGGAAACCCUGUGUAGAAGUAUCACAGUGGCAGUUUGUAUUGAAUUAAGUUUUUAACCUGUCCAACAAAUUUCCCCUUGCCCUUCCCUUCUAUUUUCCUUAACAUUUUUGACCAUACAAGCUGACUGACGCAGCAGGUGAACACUCUAGCUUCAGUUAAACCAAGUGAAGUCCCCUGGAGCUGAGCAUUACAUCAGAUCCUGACUGAACUUCAAUAUGAAGCUUUUAGUUGAUGGUUUAUUUCCAAAGGGAAUAUCAAGUCUCGAAGUAUUCAAAGUUUACUGUCCACUGAAGUUUUUUUUUGAAACAAGUGUUGAUUUUCAUUUUCUUUACUGUUACAACCUUACGUAAAUUGUGGAUUUGUACCAAGGUCCAAA